AUGGGGCCUUUAUCUGACACAGUGAAAGCUCAGCCUUCAAGCCUGUCUCCUGAGCUGGGGAAGCCCUGCAGGACUCUGCUUGGAGUGCUGCCAGGGGUAGGAGGCCUGCCAAGAGCAGCUGGAAGUGGGAAAACUACCGGCAAGUCGGUGCUCUGCUUUGGCUUCCCUUUGAGCAUUUUCUUCAUUGUCAUCAAUGAGUUCUGCGAACGGUUCUCCUACUAUGGCAUGAAAGCUGUGCUUACUUUGUAUUUCACACGUUUCCUACACUGGGAUGAAAACUUUGCCACUGCCAUCUACCACACAUUUGUUGCUCUGUGUUAUUUGACGCCGAUCCUUGGAGCCAUCAUUGCAGACUCUUGGCUGGGAAAGUUUAAGACCAUUCUCUACCUGUCCAUUGUCUAUGCCAUUGGGCAGACAGUGCUGUCCGUGGGCUCCAUAAAUGACCUGACAGAUCACAACCAGGAUGGCUCUCCCGAUGCUAUCGCAGUGAACAUUGCUCUGUCCAUGGUUGGCUUGAUCCUUAUUGCCUUCGGUACUGGUGGGAUCAAACCGUGUGUGUCAGCAUUUGGUGGAGAUCAGUUUGAAGAUGAUCAGGAAAGGCAAAGAAGUACCUUCUUCUCUCUCUUUUAUUUGUCCAUUAAUGCUGGAAGUCUUUUAUCUACUUUAAUCACUCCAAUUAUCAGAGCUUCAGAGUGUGGCAUUCAUACCAAACAGGAAUGUUACCCACUCGCUUUUGGAGUUCCUGCUAUCCUCAUGGCUGUUGCCUUGGUUGUGUUUGUAAUUGGAAGCAGAAUGUACAAGAAAGUUAAACCACAAGGAAAUGUAAUGCUUGAAGUUUCCAAAUGUGUUGGAUUUGCCAUCAAAAACAGGUUUCGUCAUCGCAGCAAGGAGUUCCCCAAGAGAGAGCACUGGCUGGACUGGGCAAGUGACAAGUAUGAUAAACAACUGAUUGCUCAGAUAAAGAUGGUGUUGAGGGUGCUUUUCCUUUACAUCCCUCUCCCAAUGUUCUGGGCAGUUUUUGACCAACAGGGGUCAAGAUGGACACUGCAAGCCGAAACAAUGGAUGGGGAUUUUGGUUUUAAAAUUCAACCAGACCAAAUGCAGAUUGUGAAUCCAAUCCUGAUUGUUAUAAUGGUCCCAGUUACAGAUUCGUUGAUUUAUCCUUUGAUCAAGAAAUGCAAGCUGAAUUUUACGCCCCUGAAGAAGAUGACUGUGGGGAUGUUCCUCGGCUCCAUGGCUUUUGUUGCUGCUGCCCUCGUGCAAGUGCAAAUAGAUAACCACAAUCCAGUUUUCCCUGCAGCUGGGCAAACUCAAAUUAAAUUAAUAAAUCUGGGUGCUGUUCCUGCAACAGUUCAGUUCCAGCCUCAACUUCAGAGUGUGGAGGUAGAACCUAAUAAGGAAACUGGCUACAUGACAUUUGAGACUUCUAAACUGCUAUCACUAAACGUAACAUCUGCAAAUGAAAGUAAAACUGAGCACUUGGAGCUGCAAGAGGAACAACGCUACACUUUGGCAUUUAAAUGGGUUCCAACGGGCAUCAAUUUUACUUGGGACAAUGUCACAUCAAAACCAGAAGAUGGAAAAAGCCUUGUCAGGUUCAUAAACAAUUUCAGUUUUCCUGUCAAUGUUACUAUGGGUGACAUGAAUUUUGGCGUACUGGAACCUUUUUCUGUCAGUAAUUACAGCGUCAUUCCACAUGCAGGCUGGUCAUAUACCAUUAAGGCUACAAUGCCUCAGGACACUUGCACAGUUGAUUCAAAGCAAUUUGGAUAUGGUGCUGCCUAUACCAUUUCACUUGAUGAUUGUGUUGAAAAAAACCUUUUCAUUACACACUUUGAAGAUAUUGCACCAAAUGCAGUCCAUAUGGCUUGGCAGAUCCCUCAGUAUUUUCUUCUUACAUGUGCAGAAGUUCUCUUCUCUGUCACUGGGCUGGAGUUUUCAUACUCACAGGCCCCAUCUAACAUGAAGUCAGUGCUGCAGGCUGGAUGGCUGCUGACUGUGGCUGUUGGUAACAUAAUUGUCCUUAUUGUGGCUGGGGUAUCUGCAAUCAAACAGCAGUGGGCAGAGUAUGUGCUGUUUGCUGCCCUGCUGUUGGUAGUUUGCAUCAUUUUUGCUAUCAUGGCUUCUUUUUAUACCUAUAUUGAUCCAAAUGAGAUUGAAGCCCAGUUCAGCAAAGAAGAAAAGGAAGAAGACAAGAAGGAUCAAGACGGCAAUGAAAAGGAAGCUGAAGCUCAUUCUCAACUGUAAAAGCUGUAUUCAAGGACUGUCUGUAAAUCAUGGAAUCAUGGAAAUCCCACUCACUCUCCUGCAG